AUGCAGUUUGAAGGCUCGAUCACGACGGAUGGAACCUCAGUGUCUGUAUACCUAAAGCACCCAGAAGCAGACAAGUAUGGAAAGCGCAGAGCGAGAAAGUCAGCAAACAUGGUGGCAGCGGAGGUUAAAGUGCAAUACAUGGAGAAAAACUUACCUGCUUGUCGAGCAGCAGAGAAUGUCGUCGUUAUCGACCCAAACAAGCACGAUAUUCUCUACUGCCAAGACAACAGUGGUAUGACAUUUCGCUACACCGCCAACCAGCGAGCUGUGGAGACUGGAAGCCGUCGAUUUGCAACAGAACGGCAGCAGAUGAAGAAGGAAGCGGGAAUGGACCUCAUAGAAUCACGUAUCCCUAGUCACAAGACAAUGAACCUCAUGGACUUCAUGCGCUAUCUCCUUGUUCGGCGCGCUGAUUGGGAUCGUCAAAAGGACUUCUAUUCGCAUCCUGCCCACACGUGGUGGAAGUGGCAUGCAUUUAUAAACCGUCAGAAGAGUGAAUCGAACCUCAUAUCCAACUUACGCAACAAGUACGGUGAAAACUUUACCAUUGUGAUGGGAGAUUGGAGCGAUGCCGGUUGAACUGCAAGAUUUCAG